AUCAAGCAUGUCGUAGGCUGUCAGAGUAUUGAUAAGAGCUGUUUGUGUUUAUGCUUCUUAUCAAGAGAGCCGCUCGCUUUUAAAGGUGCCCAACAAACUAACAUAAAAUGAAGAAUGGAAGCACUUCGGGGGUGAAGCUGAGGAAAGUGAAAGGGAAAGAAGCCCCCAAAGAGAAACCGGGGAAGGCGGAGACGAACGAAAAAGAAGGAGAUGCCAAACCAUCGAAAUUUAUGCCUUUCCCGGGCAGCUACAUCAAGCAGAGGAUCUGGGCUCGCCUUGUUCUCUUACUCGCAACACUCGUAAUCGUAUACUUCACACCGAAACAGGAUAAAACUAUAUACCUGGCCCGGGUCAAGGAUUCCGUCGACAACCGUCGUCUCGACGUGAAGUGUUCCGAAGACUAUUUCAAAGAAAUCAUAGAAUACGGAGGCUGCGUACCGGUGAAAUGUGGGCGUGUUGUUAUGGACAAACUUCUUACGAAGGAAGAAACAGAAACGCUGAUUGAUAUCGCUAAACGUGGGCUUGCCUUGGGUGGGAGCGAUGGAGGAGCGUCAAUUCUCGACCUGCACAGCGGUGCUCUCUCAAAAGGGAAAAACUUCAUUAACAUAUUCAGCUUCCCUAACAUAACUGACAUAUUCAGGAUCAACGACUUCGCACUGUACAUACGUGUGAGAAGAAAAAUUCAAGAAGCAGUUGCGUACAGUUUUAAAAUUGAUUCGGAUAAAUUGUAUCUGACAAAGCCGACGUUCUUUUCUCGGCUUACUUCCAUAGAACCAGCGACAAUCCACGACGAAUACUGGCAUUUGCACGUCGACAAAAAUGUCUACCAAUCCUUCCACUACACUUCUCUUGUAUACCUCAACGACUACAACAGCGAUUUCGAAGGCGGCCGGUUCGUGUUCGAGGACCCGGAGAAUGCCUUAACGAUCGUUGAACCCAAACGAGGGAGGGUGUCGGCUUUCACAUCGGGCGAGGAGAACGCGCACCGUGUCGAAAGGGUCACAUCGGGGACAAGGUACGCCGUCACAAUUUCGUUUACCUGUGACAAAAAACAUGCCAUAGGAGAUCCAAAUUUUAAACCAUGAAUCGAUACCAACCAGUCCUCUCGAGUCACUUAAAUCUCACCAUAAUGCUUAAAACUUGUAAUGUGGGUAACAGAAAUUUGUCAUAUCACAUUCCACUUUGUAAAUUUUUUUUUA